AUGGCUCCUUGCAAACCCGUCUUUAUCACAGCACAGGGUCUACGCCUGACUCUCAACCCUCCUCACAAACCGCCGAGUCGGAGGAAACUCGCAAAUCCCACGCUCUCCCAACCACAUCCGACCCGGACCUCCCCCCACCUCACCCCGUCCCAAACAGUACACAUGACACAAAUCACCUCAAAACCCGAAACAAAACGAAUUGCCACCUCCGCCUGCACAGUGACCUUCUCCAACGCCCGCCCCUGGGCCCUCCUCCGCCAAGGCCAAGGCACCCACAAAGGCGACGUCUUCAGCGUGGCCCGCAUCGCCGGCAUCAUGGCCGCCAAGAAGACGCCUGAUCUCGUUCCACUGUGCCACCCGGGCAUUGGCAUUACGGGCGUGGAAGUGAGCGUGGAACUUGUUGGGCCUGCGGAGAACAAGACGGAUGAUCACGAUCAUGGGUGUAUGGAGAUUGUCGCUACGGUUAGUUGUUUUGGGAGGACGGGCGUCGAGAUGGAGGCCAUGACUGCUGCGAUGGGGGCGGCGUUGACGGUGUAUGAUAUGUUGAAGGCUGUGGAUAAGGGGAUGGUUAUUGGGGGUGUGAGGUUGUUGGAGAAGGUUGGGGGGAAGAGUGGGCAUUGGCGGAGGGAGGAGGAGGUGGUGAAAGAGAGAAAGAAUAAGGAGUGA